AUGCUGUGGGUGGACCGGUAUCGACCAAAGACUCUCAAGGAUGUCGAACUAUACCCAGAGUUGAGGGAGGUGCUAACCCGCCUUUCCAAGGCGCAGGAUCUUCCGCAUCUCUUGUUCUACGGCCCGUCGGGCAGCGGUAAGAAGACACGCGCCAUGGCCAUGCUACAUGAAAUCUACGGCCCCAGUGUUUACUCGGUACGUCUGGAGCACAAGAGCGUGCAGGUGUCUGACAGCAAGGUCGUGGACAUCGCCACUCUCAGCUCACCCCAUCACAUCGAUAUUAACCCAUCCGACGCCGGCUACUACGAUCGCUCCAUUGUUAUGCAGAUGAUCCGUGAGAUCGCGCAGACGGUACCGCUGCACACCACGGUCAACAGCGGAAAGAGCGUGCCAUACAAAGUGGUGGUGCUUAACGAAGUGGAUAAGAUGAGCCGCAGUGCCCAGCAUGCGCUUCGCCGGACAAUGGAAAAGUACAUGAGCACCUGCCGCCUCUUCCUCCUCUGCAACUCAACCUCGCGCCUUAUCUCGCCACUGCGGUCUCGUUGCCUCGGAAUUCGCGUUGCCUUGCACUCAAAGGAAAAUCUGAAGCUGGCCGUGCAGCGCGUGUGCGAGGGAGAGGGCCGACCGCUUCCGUCGGAGGCGUUCUUGCACGCACUCGCGCUGCGCUCUGAUGGCAACCUGCGCCGCGGGCUCUUAAUGCUGGAGGCGUCCGCGAUGACGAGGGUGGAUUGGAGCGGCAACGGUGCCACAAUACCACAGGCGGACUGGAAGUUGUUUCUGGACGAAAUCUCGCACGACAUUGUGGCGGAGCAGACACCGAAGAGGCUGCACGAGGUGCGCCUUAAGUUCUACGAUCUCCUCGCCCAGUGCAUCUCUGGUGAGACCAUCCUGAAGACACUGGUGGAUAGCUUGCUGACGGCUGUGCCGCCGACCCUUCAGCGCCCACUGAUUGAACUCGCCGCCAAGUACGACCACAACAUGAAGCUCGGGACGAAGCCAAUUCUGCAUCUCGAGGCAUUUGUGGCAGGUGUCAUGAAGCUCAUCAAACAACAUUAG